UUUUGUCUUUAAUGUGUUUUCGACGGAAUAUUUGGUUAUAAACCGAAAGCAGAAUUCAAAGAUGAACAUUCUGCUGAAGCAGUCUAACGGUGCCUUCAUCGAACGCAUAUCUAUCGCUGAUGACGCUACUGUUGACGAUUUGAGGCAGUUAUUCUAUGAGAAGUUUCAUUUUUACCCUCAACGUCAGCAAUGGUCGGUCAAUGCAGCUGAUGGUGUUAAGCUAGUUGAGAAUCGAUUAUCCGACUAUGGAAUCACUGAUGACACGUCGUUAUAUUUCAAGGAUCUAGGGGUACAAAUCUCAUGGCGGCUUGUAUUCUUUUUGGAGUACCUAGGCCCGCUAUUGAUAUUACCGCUAUUAUAUCACUUCCCCGGUAUAUUCUAUCGCACUAACGAUGUGCCGAAGAAUAACGUUCAAGUAUUCACCUUUGUGAUGUUGAUGUUUCACUUUACAAAGCGCGAGUUAGAAUCGCUUUUUGUUCACCGUUUUUCUAGGAGUACUAUGCCGAUUCGCAAUUUAUUCAUUAAUUGCUUCCACUAUUGGAUACUUUGUGCUGUCGGUAUUGGUUACUUUGUUUUCCACCCUAGGUACACCGAGAUAAUCCUCUUGUGGCGCUAUGAGAAGAUAGUUUUAAUAAUACUCUUCUUCUACUUUCAGUUUAUGACACUGAUGACUCACUUGACGCUGCGCAACUUGCGUCCCAAAGGCACUCGAGUUCGUGGUAUUCCUAAUAAUUGGGGUUUUCAGUAUGUUAGUUGCGCCAAUUACUUCUGGGAACUCAUGAUUUGGGUAGUGGUGGCCUUAUUCACCAAUACCAUUUCAUCAUAUAUAUUUGUUUUUGCCGUGGGAGCCAUUUUAUCACAAUGGGCAAUGAGCAAGCACCGGAAGUAUAUCAAGGAGUUUUCCCACUACGACCGCCGUCGGAGGGCUCUGAUACCGUUUAUAUACUGAAUGUGGUAUACA